ACAAAGUGAAUUGAUGACUUUAAAGUUGAGAGAACGACAAAGUUUAGCUGCAGAACAUCUGCUUGUGCACAUCAGUCUGUUCUUUUGCCAAAAGUAUCUGUUGACUUACUAAAAACUACAGAAUAUAAUAUGAAUUUAUUUUUCUAUGAUCUGCAAAAUAUCCUAGGUUAUUCAGCUCAAUCAGCAUUUAACUUAGUGGCAAAAUUCUACAACCACAGGCAGUGGCCAUCGUUUUGUAAUGCUGAAGACAGGGAAACAAAAGUAAAUGUUUACUUUUCUUGUGUAACCACGGUUGACGCAAAAGUUUUUACAGCUUUUUGGAGGGAUUUUUUUGAAUGUCAUAUAACUGUGCAUUUCUGAUUCAAGAUGCUUCCUAAUUUCUGACGAGAGUGGAACAAUUCAUGCCAAUAGUGAGGAAGGAAGCUAAACCCAUUGAACACACAAACAUAACAAAGUCUGGGAUCACUCAUGAAACAGGGAGACCAGUGAAAGAGACUUUGGGCCGCUUAACAAUCGACUCUCUGCAACGUCAGCAGUCUCACUUCAUGCAACUGUAUCAUCUUGAUAGUUUUCUCGAAGACAGACCUGUUUUUCCGCUCUGUCAUCGCGACGGCACCCGAGAGGAGCCAGUUUCCGGGAGGAACCUUACAUGUUGACACCUGGUUGCGGUUCACAGGUGAGAGUGGAGGCUUGUCUGUGCGGAAGACUUCGACAGAGUGAAGAAAAUAGCGGAGUUAAGUUGUUUUUUUCGACGAAAGGAGCACUCUUUAAACUCGUUUUAUUUUUAUAAUCAAAGUUUUAAAAGGAAUUACUGUGUGUAACAAGCCAAGAGAGGACACUCGACAUGAGGGGGUUCGUUUCGGCGCUGUUGUUCUUUUCCGCCGCAACAGGUGUAAGCAGCUUUACGGUCAAUACUAACACUCCAAAUUUGCGCAUUAAAGAGAAUGCCGGGGUGGACAUGUCGUGCUCAUAUUCAGCAGACUUUGGUUCAGAUGCCAGACUUGAAUGGAAAUUUAAGGACAAGAAACACUCACAGAUAUUAGUGGUGUUUGAUGGACAAUUGACGGAGGCAUAUAAGAGCCGUGCAACAUUGUAUGGUGGCAGUAAUUUGAGAUUCACCAAAGUGACUCGGGAGGAUACCGGGGAGUACACCUGUGAGGUGUCUAGCUCCAAAAGCCAAUUUGCAGAAGCUACAGUGCAGCUCACUGUUCUGGUGCCCCCAUCUGUACCCUUGUGUAAGAUCCCUCACUCAGUGACAACGGGAAAGUCAACCAUGCUCACCUGCUUUGAUGGCGAUGCUUCCCCCCCUCCCGUCUACAAAUGGUACAAGGAUGGCACCCUGCUGCCGGAUGACCCAAGCAAGAUGCCUCAGUUCAAGAAUGCCACCUAUAAGCUUGAUCCAAAAACAGGAAAUCUGGAAUUUAAGUCUGCUAAUACGAUGGACACUGGGGAGUACUACUGUGAGGCUGUCAACGACGCUGGCCCGUCACAGCGCUGCAAAGCUGUGAGAAUGGAAAUUCGUAAUGUAAACACUGGAGGAAUUGUGGCUGGGGUAAUAAUAGCUCUCCUGCUUGUGGCACUACUGAUAUUUGGUGUUUGGUACGCCAAGAAGAAAGGAUAUUUGCCCCGUAACAAACCGAGGUCCACUGCAGUCUACCAGCCUCCUUCAUCCUAUGCUGGUGACGAGGAAGACGAUGGGGAUUUCAAACAGAAGUCAUCCUUUGUGGUGUAAGCGCCAUGCGACAAAAACAGCUUUUUUGGUGUGUCCGAACUUUUUUUUUCUGUGUGCAGUUUUGUUUGAUGCAUCUGUCUCCAGAUCCAGAUAUGAUUGCUACCGUCCUGUGUCCAAUCAGAUCGAUUUGUCUGCUAUAAUUUUCUUCUUUAAAAAAAAAAGUAAACAUGGGUCUCACAUGAAAGAACACAUUCUGCUUGGGUAGAACUCAUCUAGCCAUGCAAAAACUCUGUUCUUUUAUGAGUAAUUAUCAGCUGUAAAUAAAGUUACUGACCCUUUUCUUUAAAUUCUGCUUGUUAAACUGUUUCAGUUGGCCUUGGUGGCUUAGCUGAAACUUCAAUGGAGCCACAACAUCUUGGUUCAUUGUCAGGAGACUUUGUGUUUUUUUUCUGUAUUGUUUGUUUUUGUAGAACUGUGUAAAACAACAUUUUUUAAAUUCAAAUUCAUGGAGAUAAUGUUGUUUGUAAAUAAGUGAGUUUUUCCUGUUUGGAAUUUGAUAAGUUCAUUUUUUUGCACGUGAUAUUGGAUAUUCAGGAAAAAAAUUCAUCUUAGACAUUCAUUUAAGCUGAAUCUUCUUUUUGAUUUCCAUAUCACCUAGUAUCAAAAGGACAUUUGAUCAGGUAAUGUCUGUGCAAAAAACUUCCAGAUGAGUUAUAUGGGAUAGCUUUUACCUCUCUCAUGUAAUUGUAUUUUAUUCAUCCACAUAAUGUAGAAAUUAUCAGAUUCUCUAAGUGGGAUAAUGUGAUUUUUACUUGAUCUUUUUCAAGAAACUUUUAGAGUCAAGGAGUCUAACUGCUAUAGUUUUAAUAAAGUGUUUUUUAAAUUGAUUUUUGUCUCAGUGAUGUUUGGACAUUUAGCAGUUUGAUUUUUUUAUAAAGGGUUGUGCAGUGCAAUUUCCGCUGUUCAGAUGGGCAAAGUGUGAGUGAAACCAACUUAGCUAGUGCAGUUAGCUUGUGCACAGAAUGUCAGAAAAUGAAGUUUAUUGCUGAA